CCCCAAAAUGUCCGCAUGCCAUUCAUUCAUUUUUUUAUCCAUUUUUUAAUCACCUACCAAUUAAUUUCUAUUUUUCUAGCAAAAUGUGGAUAUCAUUAUUAUUUUCAACAACUUUAAUAUUUCCUUUACUUUCAUCAAUUAUUUUAUUUACUUGCUGCAAGAAAAAACAAAAAAUAAGCAAGAGGGAAUUAAUUAAAAAUAAAAUGUCUCAAUUAGAAUAUCCACAAUAUCCGCUAAUUCAAAACGACAAUUCUACUCUCGUCUCUAAACACAGCAAAAACUUCCGGGGUUUCAACAGCAGAACUUGAAUCUUCUACUUC